CAUAAUCAACCGCUAAGGAGAGAAUUUUAGUGAGAGAAAGCUAGAGAGAGAGAGAGACUUAGAGAGAGAUAGAGUGAGAAGGACGUACCUUCCGACAUUUUCUUUAUUCUUUAAGCAAAAGCUUGAACCACCUCCAUCUUCACCUUCUUCUUCUUCUUCUUCUUCUACUGGUUCUGGAUCUUCCUCUGUCUUCAUUCUCCUGCUAGGGUUUCAUUUUCUCUCUGGUAUUUAUGCUCAAUGUUCUAUUGAUUCGACCUGUACUAAUCCUUCUCAAGCUUUGAAUUAGUUUUGGAAGGAUCGACAAUGGUGGAUUCUGGACCAGUAACGCCUGGGCAGGUGUCUUUUUUGCUGGGAAUCAUCCCAAUAUUUGUCGGAUGGAUAUAUGCAGAGUACUUGGAACAUAAGAAAUCUUCAUCUCCUUACAAAGUUCAUUCAGAUACUAAUCUAGUUGAACUGGGAGGGGAGGCCAUCAAAGAAGAUGAUCGUGCCGUUUUGUUGGAAGGAGGUCUUGCGAGAUCAGCAUCUUCAAAAUUUUAUAGUUCAUCAAUCAAAGCAAAUUUAAUUAGGUUUUUGACUUUGGAGGACUCUUUCUUACUAGAGAAUAGAGCAACACUUAGAGCAAUGUCUGAGUUUGGAGCAAUUCUAUUCUAUUUCUACAUAUGUGACCGCACAAGUAUAUUGGGAGAAUCUACAAAAAAUUACAACCGCGACCUUUUUCUCUUUCUCUACCUUCUUCUCAUCAUAGUUUCAGCAAUGACUUCUUUGAAGAAACACGCUGAUAGAUCAGCAUUCUCUGGUAAAUCCAUACUGUACCUUAACCGUCAUCAGACUGAGGAAUGGAAGGGGUGGAUGCAGGUCCUAUUUUUGAUGUAUCAUUACUUUGCUGCAACUGAGAUAUAUAAUGCGAUCCGUGUCUUUAUUGCUGCAUAUGUUUGGAUGACUGGAUUUGGCAACUUUUCCUACUAUUACAUCAGAAAAGAUUUUAGUCUUGCACGUUUUACACAGAUGAUGUGGCGACUAAACUUUUUCGUGGCUUUUUGCUGUAUUGUUCUUAACAAUGACUAUAUGCUGUACUAUAUAUGUCCAAUGCACACGUUAUUCACUCUAAUGGUUUAUGGAGCCCUUGGAAUUUUCCACAAGUAUAAUGAGAUAAGAUCAGUGAUUAUUGCAAAGAUUCUUGCGUGCUUCCUUGUAGUUAUCUUGGUCUGGGAAAUUCCUGGGGUAUUCGAGGUUCUCUGGAGUCCACUUGCAUUCCUUUUAGGGUACACUGAUCCUGCAAAGCCAGAUCUCUCUCGGCUGCACGAGUGGCAUUUCAGAUCUGGACUUGAUCGUUAUAUAUGGAUCAUUGGAAUGAUAUAUGCUUAUUGUCAUCCAAAUGUUGAGAAGUGGAUGGAAAAAUUGGAGGAAACAGAAACCAAGAAGAGAGUUUCAAUCAAAGGGAUUAUUGUUGCUGUUUCCGUAUUUGUUGGUUAUUUAUGGUUCGAGUACAUUUACAAGCUGGACAAGGUUUCAUAUAACAAGCUCCAUCCCUACACCUCAUGGAUCCCUAUAACGGUUUAUAUAAGUUUGCGGAACUUCACCCAGCAGUUCCGAAAUUUCUCCAUGACUCUCUUUGCAUGGCUUGGAAAGGUUACUCUUGAAACCUACAUUUCUCAGUUCCACAUCUGGUUGAGAUCAAACAUGCCCAAUGGACAGCCUAAGUGGCUUCUCUGCUUAGUCCCGGAAUACCCUAUGCUCAAUUUCAUGCUCGUAACUGCCAUUUAUAUUUUGGUAUCACAUCGGCUUUUUGAGUUGACCAAUACACUUAAAACAGUCUUCAUACCGACCAAAGACAAUCAAAAGCUGUUGCAUAAUUGUAUAGCCGGAUUUGUAGUUUUCCUCGCUAUUUACUGUUUCUCAGUCAUUCUUCUUCUGAUCCCUCAUUAACCGGGCUUGACAAAUCAAGACCCUUAAGGAGAAUUAAAUAGGUUUUUCUGUUGGAUUUGCAAAUAUAUAUACAGAAUAAGAAAAAAGGAUUCUUGGAUAUUGUUUGCUUGCAAGUCAACCUUUAUGAAGCUAGUAAAUUUCCAACAGUUUUUGAGGAUAAAGCGCCCCAUACCAGGGCGAAAAAAAGCCGGGGGAAGGAAGACAAAUGUUGAAGAAGCUCAAAUGACCAGGGAAGGAAUUCGACUUUUUUUUUUUUUUUUUCUGUUGGUGAUAUUGCGCAUUGCAAUAUCUCCCUUCUUUUAUUUUAUCUUCUUUAAGCCAUUUUGAUUCAAUCAUAAAAGAAAAAUGUAGUUUACUGUGACAUAGAUUUUGUCUACCACGAUCAAAGUUCAAUAUUCGUAACUAUUUGUAAUUUGUUUUUCCCUCGAAUUGUUACCAAAAGCGAAGCAUACACAAAACCCUUUGUAUAUUCAUUUGGAAAAUUUGAUUCGUGUCAUUGAUAAUCUUAAAAAUAAGAGUUGGACAGUGUUUUUUUU